AUGAUGGCUCCACCGACAUGGGCCAACACUACAGAGUUAGAGUGGCUGCAAGAACAGUUGCCACGCUUCCUUGACCAUCAGAAGUGCAAGAAACUACAGACCUUCUACAGAACGUUGUUCACCGAAUGGGACACACAGUUCCAGGAGUGUGCCCAUCUGUUUCCGGCCAUCAAUCCGAUGGUGCAGCUGACACCAGAACAAGAUGCAGAGCUGACACAGGCCAUCGCGAAGCAGCAGAAGCAACUGUAUAACUGGUAUAACAAUCGCAAAUCAAAGGGAUGCUCUGCUGACAAGACCGCGGCCUCCAUCCUCAAAAACUUCAUUCCGAAGGGUGCUGUCCUGGUCAAGCAUCUUCCACAAGUUGUCGAAGCAUACUCACACAAGUAUUACAAGGAGAAGAUCAAGAAGGACAUCGACUCGGAGAUCAAGGAGAAGAACCUCAAAAAGGGUGAGGCACUGCCCAUCGUCCGGUGUUUGACACAGGCAGCAUAUGAUGCAGAGACGCCCGAAGUUAAGGCAGAGAUCAUUGCAGAUGUGGAGCGAAAGAAGGCAGAGCGUGAGGCUGAGGAGGUGCAGACUGAGGAGGCGCAUUUGCAGGGUGAGUAUUCUCCCGCAGAAUACCAAAAAAUGCUGGACUGUAUGCCGGCUGCAUUCGAUCAAUUUCUUGGUGCAAUGUCGAAGUCGACCGGUUGGCGAUUCUCAGUAUUCGGGGGAGGACCUAGUCCCGAAGAUGGAGGGAACCUCCGGUCGAUGGUGUUCCACUCCGGGGACAGUUCAAGUGCACUUAAGUUUAGUGACACCAUACCUGACUUUGAAAUGCAGUUCAUGGAGCCGUUCGGACAGUUUAUGGCGAUGUCAUAUCCUCUGGCUGACCAUCAAAGGCAUGCACUCUCUUCAUCGCUCACUCCAGGCUCAUCAGAGCCACCUCCGGAGGUGAUCACGCUCAAUCUUGAGGACCUCCGCUACACGAUGGAAGACAGUCCCGAUGCUGAGGACCCUAUUACUCGUGGUCAGGCAUCCUCAGGCCCAUCGCCCAGCCAGGAUCAGGGCACACCAGUGUCCGACACUGCAUCGGCAGAUGUCAGCAAUGCUCACAUGCCUGUCACAACAGUGGGACCACCACCGUCAUCUGAGGAUGGGCGUCCUCCCACAACUGUUAACGAUGCUCUCCAGUCUUCAUUGGCUCCUUCACCUUCCAUCCCUGGUCCUGCUUCACCCGUUCCUGCAUCUUCCCAUUCCCAAAACCAUCUAUCCGCAUCUGCAGAUGCCGCACUGCCAUGGGCACCAAACCUGGCAGCCUGGCAGUUCGACAUCCCGGCACCUGCAUUCGACCUGGACACAGACCUCCAGCCAAUCUCUCUUGACAAUGCCAUGCUUGGCAUCGAACUGGAUUGGAUGGUUCCCAUCAGUCCUGUGACAGGUGCACUCAAUUUCCAGCCUCUCAUGCACGUUGAUGCACCAUCAGGUCCCGGUAGCAGUCAGCUGAACGUUGCUGACCCUGGCGUAUCAUCAUCGAAUACUGAUCCAACCUGCUCUCCUAUGUCUGCAUUGCGCUCUCCCUCAUACCCCCAGUUACUGCCGGAAGCCCCAUCUUCCCCUCUAGUUCAAUCCACACCCUCGUCGACAUUGCCAUCUGGCUGCCUCAUCUCCAGGAGCUGGAUCUGUUCCAUCCUUGUCGCUGCAUGA